UUAUCACAGCACAGCAGUUCAUUGUCAACAAUAAUCGUCAAUUCCGCCAGUCAGUCGCGAUCUCAUCACAAUGCGCGUUCCAGUGUGCGUCAGUAAUUUUUACGUCGUCUUGCUGCACAGAAUGACUCGCGCGACGUUCUAUUUUUGAAUCGCGAACCUUCAGAAUCGAAUCUUGAAGAUACAAAGACGCUUUCGCGGAGAAAGCGAGAUAACGCGUGUCUCGAAUAGAGCGAACGUGUCUCGUUUGAAGAAGAAAUAGACGAUAUUUUCCGAGGACGUGACACUUGUCGUGUCCGCUGCGUGAUUCAUUGAGUUAUGCGAUAAGAAAAUAAUCGUGUGAGACACAAAAAGCUCGGACGAGAUGUACUGCGCGACACUCGGAAGAUGUUUUUGCAGACGAGAUGCUGUAAGGGCUCUGAGCACCAGCGAGGUCUCCACCGCGCUCAGGCCGUUCUACUUCACCGUUCAUCCCGAUUUGUUCGGCCAGUAUCCCACGCAAAGAACAGUAAACGAGAACUCUUUGAAGCAACUGAGCUCGAUCUUAGAAACUUUACAACAGAAACAACCGAUACGGCCGACCACAUUGCCUUUUUAUCUGCGUUCCAAAGAUGAGAAAGAAGUCAAGGCUGGCAAAUUCACGCUUGUCAAAAUACAGUUAAAAGAGAAGGAUCUGAGGCAAACGAUACUCUCUAUUUUAAAAACAUGCGAUUUACCAACAACGUUCGUCGACAAAAUCGAGGAACAGAAGCCUCCUGUCGCGAGACACAAAUCUCGAUUUUGGCAGCGCUCGUAUUCCGGAGAGAACGUGGAUUUUUCAGAAUUGGAGGAUGAUCCCAUUUAUGCGUCAAUUAUAAUGAAACGAAAGAUCAAUUUAGAACCAGACACAUUGAAGGCGUAUCUAGAUAAACACAUUAAUGAGGCGCAUGUUAAGCUUGAAGCAUGUAGGCCAAUGAGGGAAGAGGUAGAAAAACUAGAGAAAAUAUUGUGCACAAAUUUGGGACUGAAAGACAUCGUAUGGGAUUGCGGUUGGAAUAUCGCUCAUUACCGUGGUUGUUUAUUAGCUUUUCGAGCCUUGGCGGAACACCAUCCGGAAUCGAUGGAAGUGUUGAGGAAUCGAACUCUCGUAUUUGCCAACGAUACCGGCGUUAGUUUAGAAGGUACUGUCAUGCUGAAUUCAGGCGAGGUCAGGCACAAUUGGCUCGAUUUGAUAAAGAAUGUUAGAAAACAUGACUCUCUAUUGGUAAAAUUACCGGCGUUUGAGAAGGCGGUGUCUCAAGUUCUGCUCAACAUUAAAGUUGGUCGACGAGUCCUCUAUAUGUGCAGGAAAUUCAUGCCUAAAGUAAUGGUCGGUCAAUACGAGCGACAACUACGACAGCUCAUAACCACGCUCUCAGAUUAUCGGGGUAAGAGGAAGUAUCCGAAUUCUUGGCCGGCCGAUUUGUCAGCUUACGAAAUUGUGAUCGAAGCCGAAGCAGGUCCUUUGAUGCUGUCACCAACGGGACAAUUUAUCGUGCCAUCCUCCUGUCCAAGCUUUCUCUUAGUAAAUUUUAUCACGGAAAACUUGGAAGAAGCUACGAAGAAACUAAAUCAUUAUAAUAAUAUAAAACACGUGGAACGAGAACUCCAUCGUAAAACCAUUAAAGAAUUGGGCUUGGCAGCUCUCAACAAAGACGAUAGCAUUACACCAGAUCUAAUGAUACAGUGUUGCGAACAAUUGCUUCUGCACAAGAAGGAAUUAGCACCGUCUCUCGAGGGUGUUAUGCUCUGGGUUACUCAUUAUUAUUCUGUUAUGAGCGACGGUGUUCUUUGUGUGCCAUGGGACUGGAAAUUUUAAUUCAACGUAUUAACCUAAGUCAUAAAGAUGUUAGCGCAAAUUUAUAUCACCAAUAAGUGCGAGUAAAAAAUCUAAGUUUGAUUUCUGAAGACACAUAAGUAAUACAAUUAAAUGAUUAUAAUGAUGUAAAAAGCAGCAACUAAUAGAAAAAUUGAACAUAAAAGAUAAAAAAAAUUAUUAAUUAUUAAUUAAUGAAUAAUGUGUACAUUUACGCACAUUUUGAGAGAAUGUUAUUCUAUUAAUUUUGAACAUAUGACAAAAUGCAUUUUUUUUUCUUGUCAGAACAAAUUUGAGUUAUCGUUUUAAAACUUUGCAAAGUUUUUGGAAGGUGGUGAGAUUUUGCGAGAAAUGCAUAAAUUUGUAUUUCUACUUGCGAUAUCAAGAGGAGAUUGGAGAACACAAAAAAUGUAAGAGAAUUAAGAUUUUUCUUAAUUUUAUUAGAUAAGUCUUAAUUCCGAUGAACAGCUCAAAAUAGCGCUAUACUCAUUGUGUACGACAGUUCGUUGUAUACAUAUUUUUUAAGCGAUUUCUUAUCAACUGUAAGCGCAAGACGAUUGUAUACGUAUGUAUUCUAUGGAGAGAUCUAAUUAAGAUACAAUAAAAGUAGAAAAAUUUUCCAUA